AUGGCGAAUCCGGUCAAAUACACGCCUCCAUCUACUCCUCCUUCACCUACGGCGUCGUAUUAUGACCUGAGCGAUGAUGAUGAGAAUGAGUACAACACCAUCGCCCAGGCCCGCUCAGGCCGUGGCGUGAAGCUUCUCUAUUCCAAGAGCAAGGUCUAUGUCCAUCCAUCGCCCUCCGCUAAAGACAAUAUUCCUGGCUUCAUUGCCCUUAUUCAGCAAAAACCCCAGUCCGGUUCCUACCCCUCAUCGCCUCGCAACGAGGCGGCUUCGUACCUACUGGCUUGGGUGCCCGAGUCGUCGCUGGGCGAUGCAUACAGUACAUAUGUGAAAGUCGAUCUAUCGGAAGAUGCCUCCCCACCUCGUCAAAGAUACCUCGUCCCGGCCCUUCCGACCACCACCACACAUAAUGGUUCCAUCGGUCUGUACUCGUUCGCCGUACCCGUGUCAGAAAUCUAUUCGGUUUUAGUGCGCCCCCCGAGCCUUGGGUGGUGGUUCGGAAGUCUGGUGAUCAACACACGGGCAGGUGACAGCUUCCCUGCUCUGUUCUUCCAUGACAGCGAGUGUGAAUCGACCAUUCUGCAAAAGAAGAAACGAGUCAAAGAUAGCUUCGAUCCCUUUGAUAGCGAGGGAGGGCUAUUCUGGGGUGGCGAUGAAGUUCUUCGCUGGUUGCGACGAUAUGUGGAGGUUGAGCGCUCGACCGUGGAUAGGAAUGUGUACCUGAUCAACCCCUCGCACGAAGAUCAGCUCUCGUUUGGGAAAGGCAUGUCUAGUGGGGAUGCGUUCUUGCCUUCUAAGGCACAACCGGAAGCUGCGGGUCCGAGUACUGGACAGGGAGAUGCAAGUAUGGAUCCAUUUACAAGGACCCUCAAAGAGACUCGCUGGAAGGUUCUUGAACAACUCAGCAAAAUCACGACAUUCACGCGACGAACUGCGAACGACCUUGCUGAGAACACGCGUAUUCCACCACAGGUUCGCCGUUUAAUGAAGAAUCCGGAGAUCCAAACUCUUCAGGAUGAAUUCGAUAGCGCCAGGAUCUACCUGGCUCGCUGGGCCAUGAGCAUCGCCGAACAGAGUGAGAAAGAUAGGAAUGAGCGGAUCUACACUGCUCAGGAUAUGCUCGAGUCGGAGAAUAGCUCGGUUGGCGAAUUUGAGAUUCUGGAGCUUGAGACUGGCAACCUAGGGAUCCAGGAGCGGCGCCGCACAGUCACGAUUUCCGAGUGGGAGAGUUUCUUCGACCCAACUUCUGGAAAAUUGCAACUUACUGUCGAAGAGGUCAAGGAACGCAUCUUCCAUGGUGGACUGGAUCCAAACGAUGGCGCACGGAAAGAAGCUUGGCUUUUCCUUUUAGAAGUGUAUCCUUGGGAUAGCAGUCUCGAGGAACGCCAAGCCAUCAUGAAUUCAAAGCGUGAUGAGUACAUCCGGUUGAAGGCCGGCUGGUGGGAGCGAAUGGUCGAAGGCAAUUCGACCGAAGAAGAAUAUGAUAAUUGGAAAGAACAGCGGAACCGCAUAGAGAAGGAUGUUCAUCGCACAGAUCGCACUAUUCCGCUCUUUGCGGGAGAAGACAUUCCUCAUCCCGACCCGGAUUCCCCAUUCGCUGACACCGGCACCAACGUCCAUCUAGAGCAGAUGAAAGACAUGCUCCUGACGUACAAUGAAUAUAACCCAGACUUGGGCUACGUCCAAGGAAUGAGUGAUCUCCUCGCACCACUGUAUGCAGUUAUGCAGGAUGACGCCGUGGCUUUUUGGGCAUUUGUCGGCUUCAUGGAUCGAAUGGAACAUAAUUUCCUUCGCGAUCAAUCUGGAAUGCGCUCUCAACUCCUAGCACUUGAUAAUCUCGUUCAGCUUAUGGAUCCCCAGCUCUAUCUGCAUUUACAAUCCGCCGAUAGUACCAAUUUUUUUUUCUUCUUCCGCAUGCUACUAGUCUGGUACAAGCGCGAGUUUGAAUGGAGUGACGUCCUUCGUCUCUGGGAGACCCUAUGGACAGAUUAUUACUCCAGCAGCUUCCACCUAUUCAUCGCCCUGGCUAUUCUCGAGAAACAUCGCGAUGUCAUCAUGGACCACCUGAAGCAUUUUGACGAAGUUUUGAAAUACAUUAAUGAACUCUCCAACACAAUGGAACUUGUUCCCAUCCUCACGCGCGCUGAAUCGCUCUUCCGUCGCUUCGAGCGCUCCGUUCAUGCUAUUGACAAGAAAGAUAAUUUUCCCGCACCCGCUGCUACCCAGCGUCGGACAUCGGGUCUUGAUAGUCCUGGGAAGGGCAAGGCUCCACAGAACUCGACUGUUGGCUCUACGACUAGUUCAAGUGCGGGCCCUUCAGCUCUAAAGAAGAUUAUGGAUGCCGAUAAGCCCAAGGUCAUUUCACCAGAGCUGCGUGGGUUACUUAGGAAGGAUAUUCCCUGGAGACGCCAGCACCAAUCAUAG